AUGCCUCAGAACAGCAGCGACACCAAGAAAUCGCAGGGUCAACCAGCAGCGAAGCCGAUGACAGAGAAGGAACAGGAGCCAAAGCCCGAGAUGAUAGCUAACUUGCGGAACAUCAAGGAUCACCCAGCGUCUUGGAUGACUUACGGGGAUGUCACAGUCCCAGACGCCUUGCUACUCAUACAAAAACUGCGCUUUUAA